GAGAUGGAAAAAAAAGAACCGGAAGCGGCGGUCCUAUGACCGGACGUUAACAAAAACAGGGAAGUGGUUUGUUUUUGUUUCACAGCCAGCUGUCAGAUGUGCAUUUGGGCUGCAGAUGUCGUUUUAAAUCGGAUCUUCAAGCAGCCAGAGGUCGACACAGACACCCACCGUGAGGCCUGAGUUUUUUGUCCCGUCUCGGUCGUCACCAUGGUGGAGCCCACAGCAUCCGGCGUGUUCUGCAACAGGAUGCUGAGCAUGGUCAACUCUGAGGAUGUUAACGCCAUCAUCCAGGCUCAGAGACACAUGCUUGACCGCUUUGAGAAAACCAACGAAAUGCUGAUCAACUUCAACGGGCUGUCUAAUGUCCGGCUGCAGCAGAUGAACGAGCGCUUCCUGCUCCACACCCGCACGCUUGUGGAGAUGAAGAAAGAUCUGGACAGCGUCUUCAGAAGAAUCAGGACACUAAAAGGGAAGAUCGCUAAGCAGUACCCAGAAGCUUUCAGCAACAUCCACGAGUCACCCAUCCUCGAGGACGAUGAUGAUGAGUUCGACCCGGUUCCCCGCAGCAUAGCCACAACAAUUACAACAGCCACCUCGGAGCAGAGCACAGAGUCCUGUGACACGAGUCCAGAUGUGAUCUCACCCACUGUGAGCAGAUGCUCUGAGGAUCUCUCUCAAGAGCCGCCCGACACGCCCACCUCCGACUUCCUAGAGACAGCCGUCCUCCAGGACGAGGGUCCUGACUCUGUACCUGCAGAAUAGAACGAGCAGUGUGUGGAUGAACUAUUUUAAAAGGGUCGUGUUGUAUUUUUGAGUUUUGUGUUGGCCUCUACAAUGUUUGGUGACUUUUCCAGUCAUUAAUCUAUCUGAUGGAGAGAGCAUCACAGCCUUGAUGUUAGAUGUGGCUAUGAACUGUCUGUGAGGACGCUGGGUUAUGUCGGCAUGCUUAUUUGUUCUAUGCCUGCACAGCACUAAAACACUGCAGAUAAUACUUGAAGUUGUAUAGUAUCUCACAAUAGAUGUACUGUAUAUAUCUGUUUGAAUGGAGAAGUGUCUCAUGAAUUAUGUCACUUGAAUGUUCUCAGCCUGAACAGUACUAGUUAAGGAUUAGUUAUCACUAUCGUUACAAUAUUGUCAUAUUGCAGCAUUGUUAGUUUAUGGCCUCUGUUUGUUCAUGCAAUUUAAUCUGAUGCUUUAACAACCCCUGCCAAGAAAUUGUCUCUUUGUUUGCCUCCUCCGUCACUGGGAAGGUUAAUAGUCAGUGAUCAGUGUCUCUGGAGCUGUCAGGGAUUCAGACACAUGAGCAAGGCAGGCUGUGUGAGUGGAGGGUCCAAUCGUUCCUUCCUGUCCAUCUAAGCUUCAGUGUAAAAGGGAAGGUCCAGCCUAAACUGGACAUAAUUUGUCAUAUCAUCUCAGUUUUCAAUUUGUGGAUUUGAAAAAUGAUCACCAUGAAAAGCACAGAGACAGAGUAAAGUGAUAAAACGUUGAAACUGCUCCGUAGAAGUGAUAUAAUAAUAAUAUUAAUUCUAUUGACUCUACUCUUCAAAGUCAAUGGUUUAAUAUAAAUUAAUUCAUACAGUUGGUUUUCUCUCUAAGUUAACGUUCAUUUGAGAAUUGGAAUUGUGUCUGAAAAAUGUUUUUAGCUCAAG